UUAGUGAUUUGGCAAGUUAUCAUUGAAUUUUAUUUAAAAUUAUAGCUUAACUUUGCAUUUUCUUCAUUAUAUUAGAAAAAAACAUUUGCCAUUUAGUAUAUGAUCUAAAUACGAUGUCAAUGUUGUCCUGAUAACAAUAUCGCAGUGCACUAGAUUACAGCAAAGUGGGUGGAUAUCGGCGUAACUUCUAAGGAGAAUGUCUCACUCUCCAGUAAGCAUAAAGUUCAAAUGGGGCUUGAGUGCCUCAGACCCGGAGCAGAAGCCGGUGCUAUUUGUAGGUCAGGCAGCCCACCUCUCUGCCCUGACCUGGCAGGAUGUUCGCUGCAAACUGGAACCUAAGGUUUCAGAAGAGGCUUGGCGGCGUGGUAUAAACGUAGCCUCGCCUGGGGAGCUGUGCGAGCUUUGGCCUCGCGCCGCAUCUCUGGGCGUGCUACCUCCGCGGCGUUCUCGGCACGCGGCGCCUGCACGCUCUCACGCACUGUCCAAACUCGUGCGUUCGGGCUUACGCUCCUCAGCCGACGAGUUUGUUGUGCUGGUGUGCCGCAAGCGCGACGUGCUCGCCAGCGCGGUGGCCAUCGCUCGCGCCGUGCCGCUGUACAGCGCGCGCUCCGGGCCCGCGCCGCUGCCCGCCAGCCUGACGCCGCCCACCACCCCCGCCGCGCCCACCAAGAACACCCUCACCGUGGAGAUACACAUCUCGCAAGACGAGGGCGACUCCGAAGAGGAGGGCCUCGAGCAACUGGAGCCCGAGCUGCUGGAGAACACGCUGUCCACGGACGAGCUGAGCACGUUGCAGGACGUGGCCGACGCCACGCGCCUCGCCGCGCGCAUCACGGACACGCCCGCGAACAUCAUGGACGUGGACGCGUUCAUUGAGGAGGCCUGCAAAGUAGCAAAAGAUCUGGAUAUCGCAGAGCCGACGAUCAUCCGCGGGGAGGAACUGAAGGAGCGAGGCAUGGGAGGCAUUUACGGAGUGGGCAAGGCGGCAGUAAAGCCGCCCGCGCUUGUCACACUCUCGUACAGCGCCGCGGGUGCGACAGAGACGGUCGCGUGGGUCGGCAAGGGCAUCGUGUACGACACCGGCGGCCUGAGCAUUAAGGCACGGACCUCCAUGGUAGGUAUGAAGGGCGAUUGCGGCGGUGCGGCCGCGGUGCUGGCGGCCUUCUCCGCACUGGUGAAAGCCAAACCCUCCAUCAACCUACACGCGGUGCUGUGCCUCGCCGAGAACUCCGUUGGGCCCCAUUCUACCAGACCUGACGACAUCCAUCAACUGUAUUCAGGACGCACAGUCGAGAUCAAUAAUACAGACGCAGAAGGUCGUCUAGUACUAAGUGACGGCGUUGUGUUCGCUCAGCGGGAUUUAAAGGCGGAUACGAUCGUCGAUGUAGCCACACUUACUGGCGCGCAGGGUACGGCAACCGGCAAAUACCAUGCAGCAAUAGUUUCCAACUCUGCCCGCCUGGAGCGUCUGUGCGUGAGCUCUGGCCUAGUUUCAGGCGACCUGGCACACGCUCUGCCGUUUGCUCCGGAGCUGCACUUCUCAGAGUUCAGCAGUGUGGUUGCUGACAUGAAGAACAGUGUUGCGGACCGCAACAACGCGCAGUCGUCAUGCGCCGGGCUCUUCAUUCUGGCGCACCUCGGAUUCGACUUCCCCGGCGCCUGGCUUCACGUGGAUAUGGCUGCGCCGGCGCACUGCGGUGAACGUGCUACAGGCUAUGGGGUGGCCCUACUGACGGUCCUUUUCGGUUCGCAAACUCGCAGUCGGCUUCUGAAGGCCUUGUCUCCGAACAAGUGACGAAUGUACACAAUCACCACCUACCACGUGAGUGGGUUAUAGUACACCACACUCCGUAUACGAACAAGAACUUAUAAAGGAUCUAGAACCAGGAAUCUGUAAUAAUAUUGUAAAGCGGAAGAGUUUGUUUGAUUGAACGCGCUAAUCUCUGGAACUACUGGUUCGAAUUAGAAAAAUAUUUCUGUGUCGGAUAGUCCAUAUCGACGCAAGCUUUAGGCUAUACCUAUAACAUUGCGCUACGACGAUUAGGAGCGGAUAAUUCAACGUCUCGAAAAAACAGGAAAAGUUAUUUCCUUUUUGGGCUUCCAAUGCGUGCGAUGACGAUGAAAACGAUUAAAGUUACGGCAAAAUUAUGUAUUACGGGUCUAUUCUUCUUUUAAAGUUCUUAAAAAAAAAAGUCCGCGACGGUAUGUAUCUAUACUCUAAUUUUUUUUUAACUUGUCUUAUUAUUAAAACUAUCCUUUAAUUACUUUUUAGUGUAAAGUAGGUUUUUAAGAAUAGAAGAAAAACCAAUUUGUUACGAUAUAUUAAAACAAGUAUAAUAAUAUUUUCAAAACGAUCUAAACACUUAAAAGUAACUGAAAGAUUGUUUUCAUAAUAAGACAUACCUACAGUAAGAAAAAAAUGUAGUGUAUAUUUUAGGGUUGAUUCAUACUCCGACAAAGUCGCGGGGUACCGCUAGUAAGAUAAUAUAAUGUACGAAAGCCAAUACUGUAUGAAGAGGUGCUAAAGUUGACGUCACAAAUGUCACCUUUUGUCAAGACUUAAAUGUCAUAUGGAAGCGGAGUUCUUGGUUGCCCACGAUCGUAUUUCAAUCAUGCAUUCUGUGUGGUCGUAGCUUAGUUUUUGCAGAAUCAUAAUAAUAUUUGUAAGUGCAUAUCCGUCAAUAGCCAAUACCAGUCCGAUGAUAAAUAAAUAAAUAAAUGAGAAGUGUGAAGGGAGAGAAGAGAUGGUGACAAUUGUAUUUUCAUCUGCCGUCGCCACACGCCACACGUACAUAUGAGAAGUCAUUUAAUAUCCCUACUUAUAUUAUAAAUGUCAGUGUUAGUUUGUUUGUUACGCUUUCACGCAAAAACCACUAACCCAUCCUCAUGAAACUUUGUACA